CGUCGCGCUGCGGCAUUUGAAUUAAACGACGCGCCGAAACGAGAAGUUGUUGCCUUUUUCCGUGUCUAGUUACCUAUGUUUUCGUUUGUGGAACUGUCAAAAUUGCUUGUCGCCCUGUGGACUACAGUUUAGUCAUUACAUUUGCAUUGUUCGUUCGGAGCAGUUGUGCUUCUGCUUGAAAAAUAUAAAAAAAAAAUAUUUGGUUUUCUGUUUAAUCGCAUUUUCGGUCGAAACCCGUUUGUUUCGCGUACAUUGUUUUGUGUGUUGUGCCGUGUUCUGGAAAAGAUCCGUUACUGGAUGACAACAAUGAUAGUGUGAUUGGUCUACGCAUACAUCAAGCAUACAUACACGGGCGCACACAUAUAAAUACGCACACAAAUUCGCAAUGGACACGCGCAGCUGGCGCAAGGUCCUACUCCAGUGGAUUGGCAAGUGCCAGUUCAUCGAGCCGAACUACAUUAGCUUGGAGCAGUCGGACCUGGACUCCUUCUUUUCGGUCUUCAUUCGAAAGAUCCAGGAGACGCAAUCUGACAAGGGGAAGAAGGAGCUGCAGGAUCAGCCCACAAAACCAAUCCCCCUUGUGCAGGAAUUCCUAGCACAUAACUAUCCCGAGUUCAUUUUCCAUCAAGAUGGCAAGGAGCAGCCUUUGGAUUGCCUUUACGUUUACACGCUCUUGUUGCAUUAUUCGUGCGUGAAGAAGCCCAGCUUGUUCUUUCACAACAUCUGCAAUAAUCUGCCGGAGCUGACGCAGACAUGCAUCGCAUCCUUCUUUGGAGAGACCGUUGACAGGCUGCUGACGCGCGAAUAUCUAAGCCAGUCGAUCGCCAACGUGGCGAUUAUUUACCAACAGGGCAGUCAGACCUCAGUCAGCCCAUGUCUUCCCAGCAGCAGUCCCGAUCCGAGAAGCGAUGAUGCACAGUGUCCAUCCACGCCCUCGUCAUCGUCAUCGUCACAGCCGUCGAGCAGCACGCCACAGUUGCACAAUCAUCGCGAACGCCUUCGCCUACAGAUGUCUGGCUCCGAAAUGCCACCUCCUUCGACCCCGAAAACGGAGCUACUGGAGCAACGCACCAAGGAGCUGCGCGGUAUUCGUGCCCAACUGGAGGUGGUGCGCUACGAGAAGACCGUGCUGGAGGAGCAGCAAUUGGAGAAGGACGAGCUUAUUAAAGUUCUCAGCAAAGAGAAAAUUAUGGCCAAGAUGGAACUGGAAAGACUGAAGAACGUAAAGCUAAACGAAGAGCCGCAUGAUAACGAGAGCCACAUCAUGCCAUAUGAGUUCGAACAUAUGAAGGGAAGCCUUUUAAAGGAAAUUGGUAUAAAGGAGAAUCUCAUCGCUGAGAUUACCGAUAAGCUGCAUGAUUUGCGUCUCGAAAAGUCCGAGCUGUCGGAGAAGCUGAAUCUGGCAGGAAAACAAUUGCUGGAGUAUACGGACCGCAUCCGAUUGCUAGAAAGCCGUGUAGAAGAAUUGACUCGUACCGUAUCGUCCAAGGACGAUAGGAUCUUCUUUCUGGAGCUCGAUAACCAGGAAUUGGAUCAGUGUCUUAAAGAAGCCCGUGACGAGUUGAAGAACCGACGCGAGGUCUUAAACGCAUCCUCGGAUUUGCUAGACUGUUCGCUGUCGCCGAACACCACGCCCGAGAAUUUGGCCAGUUCUGUGAUUGACAAGCAGCUGCGCGAGAAGGAGCAUGAGAAUGCCGAGCUAAAGGAGAAGCUGCUGUAUGUGCACACUUCACAGCGGGAGCUAUGCCAGGCCCUUUCAAGUUUCCUCCAGAAGCACAAUAUCGAUCACGAGUUUCCGGUAGAAUGGACGUCGUCGUCCCUGUUGUCCACCAUUUCUGCGAUCGAAAGCACCUUUGUUAAUACGGUGGAGAAGAGUACGCAAAUGAAGAAGGAAUGCGACGUUCAGGCUGUGUGCGUCGAAAAACUACUGGAGAAAUGCAAGCUGUUAUAUCGAUCGCUGGGGUGCCAGCCACAAGAGCUAGAUGCGUUCAAGGCCACAAAAGCGGACCCGAUGGAGUCGGUUUUCGAAUCGAGCCGUGAAUGUGAAACCAUUCUGGGUUGUUGUCAUAUGAGGGCAGUCGAUAUAGCAUUGAAAAACAACCACCUGGAGUUAGACAACGAAAGGCUUAAUGAAAAAUGCGCUGAGCUUAAAUCAAUAAUUGAUCGCGGGAAUCAACACCUGGCCGAUAUCAAUCUGCAGCUAACCGAGAAGGAAAAGCAGAUAAAAGAUGUGGGCGCUGAAAUCCAGGAGCUGCGCAAAAGGAAUAUAAACCUUGAAAAUAUGCUCAGCCAAAUCGCAGAUAAGGAAGCCAGUGCGGCAAGCCUUGCACAGCAGUUGCAGCAGUGCGGCAAGCUUAUGAGAGCCAAGUAUGAAGUGUGCCGAAAGGAACUAAUUGCUAAGAACGCGGCCCAAGAUGAGUUGGUCAGGAUGAUGGUGGUGCCAGACUGGGAGACCUUGCAUGGGCGCGUACGCCAGCUGAUCGAUCUGGAGAGGAGGCAUGUUGAACUUAACGGGAUGUAUGGAGGGAUGAUGAAGGAAUUGGAUGAGCUCAGCGCUAAACAUGACAAACUGACGCAUUCCCAUGUAGAGUUUGUAAAGAGAACGGAGAUCGAAUUGGAAAGGAAGAAUGCACAGCUAAUGGCAUUCGAAGAGCAUAACAAUCAUUUCGAUUGUUUUCUGACCCGCAUCUUUACUCUCUUAAGAAGUAGAAACGGUCCGAAAUCCACGACUAUGUGCUCAGCGAACACCUCCAUGGAAUCGAUGCGUAUUGAACAGCGGUUUGAGAAUAUUGAAAAGUUAAUUGAGGGGCAAUUGCUUUCGGCUGAUACUCUUAAGAAGGAGUUGGACGAUCUUCGGGCGAAAAAUGAAGAGCUCGCUACGGAGAACAUCAAUGGAAUAAUAAAGCGCAAGAAAUUCGUGGAUUCUCUGGAGGUCAACACCGAAAAAGUCAAGCAAUACAUAACAGAUCUAGAGAAAGAAGCUUUCAGCAAAAACGAAAAGGUAGCCCAGCUGGAAAAUAUUCUAAGCGAGGAGCAAAGCAAUGCAAGACAAGUGGCACAGAGGUUAGACAUGGCGCAGCAGGAAGUAAAUGACUACUAUGUGGAAGCCACUAGGUUUAUAAACACCGUCAUGGAUCGCAUUCAUGAAGAUUUCAAUGGCGAAAACCACCCCCAGACGCUGGGCAAUUGUCUGACCAAAUUUUUACGAAUUUUUGACCAGAUGGAGGUGUGGUACGAGGACUCUUCGUCGUUGGUAGAAAAACUCCUGCAAACUAGGGAUGAAUUGAAAAAGAAACUGAAGUCAUCUGAUGAGAAAAUGGCCAAGGUAAUGGAAACGUAUGAAGAACAGAUUAAAGCCCUUCAAGCUGAAUGUGACAUGGAGGCCAAGAAGAACGAGCAUUUGGAGGUGAAUCGGAAUGGAGUAAUAGAUACUAAAGAUCGGCGUUGCUCCACGGAUGAUGUUCAGGGUAAGCUUCAGAAGGAACAGGAAAUUACGGCUCAGCUCAAGGACACACUCGAAAAACUCCAGGCAAAGCUGCAGGAAGGACAGCAGCGUGUAGAUAGCCAGAAAGUGGAGCUGGACAAGGAGCGCAAAGAACUGGCUCAGGUUAAGACUGCGUUUGAGGCACAGACCAAACUAUCAGAUGAUUUGCAGCGUGAAAAGGAAUCUGUCCAGCAGCUUGUAGAUAACCUGAAAGUGGAGCUGGACAAGGGGCAGAAAGAACUGGCUCAGGUUAAGACUGCGUUUGAGGCACAGACCAAACUAUCAGAUGAUUUGCAGCGUGAAAAGGAAUCUGUCCAGCAGCUUGUAGAUAAUCUGAAAGUGGAGCUGGACAAGGAGCGCAAAGAACUGGCUCAGGUUAAGACUGCGUUUGAGGCAAAGACCAAAUUAUCAGAUGAUUUGCAGCGUGAAAAGGAAACUUCCCAGCAGCUUGUAGAUAACCUGAAAGUGGAGCUGGACAAGGGGCAGAAAGAACUGGCUCAGGUUAAGACUGCGUUUGAGGCACAGACCAAACUAUCAGAUGAUUUGCAGCGUGAAAAGGAAUCUGUCCAGCAGCUUGUAGAUAAUCUGAAAGUGGAGCUGGACAAGGAGCGCAAAGAACUGGCUCAGGUUAAGACUGCGUUUGAGGCAAAGACCAAACUAUCAGAUGAUUUGCAGCGUGAAAAGGAAACUUCCCAGCAGCUUGUAGAUAACCUGAAAGUGGAGCUGGACAAGGGGCAGAAAGAACUGGCUCUGGUUAAGACUGCGUUUGAGGCAAAGACCAAACUAUCAGAUGAUUUGCAGCGUGAAAAGGAAUCUUCCCAGCAGCUUGUAGAUAACCUGAAAGUGGAGCUGGACAAGGGGCAGAAAGAACUGGCUCAGGUUAAGACUGCGUUUGAGGCACAGACCAAACUAUCAGAUGAUUUGCAGCGUGAAAAGGAAUCUACCCAGCAGCUUGUAGAUAACCUGAAAGUGGAGCUGGACAAGAACCGGACGGAACUGGCUCAGGUUAAUUCGUCCUUGCAGCGUGAAAAGGAAUCUGCACAGCGAGAAAUCUUCCUGGUCAAGCAGCGAUUGGGAAAGGAAAAGCGUGAGUUUGAGGUGGAAUUGGCCACCCUUGAAGACAUGAUCGAAACAUUGGAGGAGGGCCGUACUCAGAUGGAAGCGGAGCGUGCGGCUGCCUACGAACGAAUCAAUCAGUUGGAGGCCCGUUGCCAAGAAAAUAAUAGCGCGAACAGUGAAUUGCAAGUGCAAACCUUUAAGCUCGAGUGCUUGCAGCAUCAGCUAAAAUCCGAGGUGGGUAGCUGCAACUCGUUGGUGGAAGACCUUAACCGAAAGCUGUCAGAUAAUGUCAGUAAGUUGGAUGACGUGCAGAGUCGCCUGAAGACUGAAAUCGACGAGCAUAACCAGGUCAAGGAAAAAUUAGCCCACAUAGCCGAUAUACCUGAGGUAGUCGAACUGCGGAAUUGCUUGGAAGCGGUGACUGCCGAGCGCGAAGAGGCCCAGGAAAAACUGGCUGUGGUCACCGGCCUUUUAGACAGAGCUGACCAGGAGAAACUCAAGAUGCAGGAGAAGGCUAGUGAAGUUGGGAAUAAAAAUGCCGAGUUGUUGGAACUCGUCGAAUUCUAUAGGUAUCGUGUGGAAGCUAUUGAACGGCUGCUUCUCGCUUCCAACCAAGAGUUGGAAGAACUAAAAGCCAACCCGGCGGAGGGUGCGAGAGAUCUUGGCGACACAUAUAGCACAUCUGAUGGACGCCAAACGGAGACGGAUCAGGAUAAGGAGAGAAACAACAAGCUAGCGCUAGACUGCAAGAUAUUGCAGGCCAAGUAUCGCGAUGCCAAGGAUGAGAUUAAGCGCUGCGAGAAGAAGAUAAAGGACCAGCGUCUUGAGAUGGAGGGAAAGCUGGAAAAGAUGAAAAACAAGAUGCGUUCCUUGUAUACGGCGGAGGUGACGCGCAUGAAGGAGAAGCAGGAACGGGAUGCGGCCAAAAGCGCGUCGGAACUGGAGGCACUCACCGCCCAGAAUGCCAAGUACGAAGAGCAUACACGCAAGCUGUCCACCCAGAUUGUUCGCUUGAACGAGAAGAUCCUGGAACAGCAGAAGCAGCAUGCGAUCAUUAGCACCAAACUUCGUCACCUGCAGAUGCAGCCCAUCGUCAGCGAAACGAAACCAUCCAGCACAACGCUCACCGUUUCGUCCAGUUCGUCGGCGCCGAACGAUGACUGGCAGCCCUUCAAGCGGCCCAAUGUACCGUCCUCCAAUCUGGCUAUGGAAGAUGAAGAGGGCGAGGUCUUUAACAACACUUACCUGACGGAUCUCAAAUUGGGCCGUGUGCCGGCAGACAUGACAGCCGAGGAGCUUAUUUAUCGGAAUUCGUUGCAACCGCCGCAUCUGAAGAGCACUUAUGCUGCCCAGUAUGAUUUGAGCAGCCAGGACGAAGAUCUCAAAGACGGACCCCACAGUCUGGAUGACAGCAUGAGUGCUUUGCUGAGCUCAUCGAGCACCGGAACGCGCAAGAAAUCCAUGGGCACCCACUACAAACGACCUGGACCGCCUACGCCGAGCAAGAACGGCGGUCGUUUGUCGUUCGGUAGUUCGGAGCCGCCACGCGAGAUUCUUCGUGAAUUCGGCGACCAUAACAAUACCUCCAAGACGCCGGCGCGCUUCAAGUUCCUGACGCAGCGAUUCAGCGUUGGCAGCAGCGGUUUACCCCGGGACGAGCUGCCGCGGCGCAAGCGGCCGAAUCUUCUGACCGGAAUACACCGGCGUAGGCUGCGUCAUGCGGUGGACAUAUUUUGUACAUCAACGCCCCGCAAAAGCCGCUCCUACUACGAUCAGCAGCGUCUGAUCGGCGCCAGUGAUGCGGAGAAAUCAGAGGCUGUUGAAACCGAAGACGAAGUGAUCGAAGUGGAGCCCGAUGCUGUGCCAGAGUUGGAGCCUCUAGAAGACGCCGACCAGCAGGGCACUCCGCAUCUGUCCACUGCAGCAUUGUUGGCCCUGACCAAAGGCAACACCCGGCGUCUCACUGGUACAACUAAACCGAAAAAGGGACGCGUUUCACUGUCCAAUCAUGGCAACAUUUUUGCCAAGAGCCGGCCAGCGUCGUUCGUAGCCGGGAAAAGGGUGCAGCUGCGCCGGAAGUUGCGCCGUGAUCGGAUGAUGGGCCGCUUCGAUGAGGCCCGUCACCUGGAUCAGGUGCGCCUAUCACACUCUGUUCAGGCGCCUGAGUCGCCCGAAAAUAACAAUUACAGUCUGCACAAUCGCAAUGAGGAGGAGCACUUGCCCAGUGAGAUCCUGAUGGGCAAAACUGUAGUGCUGGUGGGCAAGAGCCGAGUGAGUCCGGUCGUGUCCACCACCUUCAACGUGGAGGAGCGCAGCGGGACUUCGCUGCUGCAGCAACAAUUUGAGCACGAAAACUGUGUCACCUGGGCAACGCAUGGUAUCGAAAGUGUGAUGAUGGAGGAGACCCAGAACGACUGGUACUUCGAGCAGCUGUGCCAGGAGACGGAAUCCACGGCACCCUUUCAACUGCAGCCGCUGGACUACAAGCCGCUUGAUGAUGAGCCAGUUGAGCCAAAACUCACACAACUGGUGGCCGCCUCUUGCAGCAAUAUCACAGCGAAUAGCUGUGCCACCAACAUGACCGGCGCCUCAUCCUGUACCGUCUAUUCGAUGGGCAGUGUGCACAUGCAGCCGCUGCCGCAGAUCAAUAUCACCUAUGUCCAGCAACCACCGGACUCGCAACAGCGCAGGCCAACGCGCCAUCGCUCGUUAAUGGCUCAGUGCAGGCGGUUCCUACGCCAUCUGAGUCUCGGCGAGCGAUUGGCCAUGGGCUUUGCAUUGCUGGUCAUGGUGGGGCUGUCCUUGCAUCUGGCCGACAAGCUAGUGCUGGUGAUCAGUGGCAUCUUGUCGGGAAUGGGGCUCGUCUUCCUCACCUAUUCGUGCCCCGGGCGCAACUAGAAGCGCCAACCAAAGCAAUGGGAAUCGCACUAAUCUGGCUGAUGAUCUAUGAUAUAUGUAUGUUCGUUAUGUGUAACCAUGUCCACUUAUUCCUUUACAGAACUCGCCGCCCAAGCGACGCCUCAGCAACAUGUUCAAGCGCAAGUAGGCGUGGUCGCAGUCGCAGUCGUAUACAUAUAUUCCCAUUCGUGUACAUCAAUCGGAACUUGAAUUCUUGACUUAUUAUUUAUGUAAUCAUUUUUUUUUUUGUACAUCAGGACGUAGUUUAGUUUAAGUAUGCAUAUGUUGCAAUGGUACAAUAUCGAGGGCGAACAUAAUAAUGCAAAUAAAAUUGUAUGUACAUAUUGUAGAAA